AUGAUCCUGACUUGGAGUUGCUCAACUCCGACUUGGGGUUGGCUUGGAGUUGGGUUCCACCUCAACUUGGAGUUACUUCACCUUGACUUGGAGGUACUCGACCUUGACUUGGAGUUGCUUGACCCCGACUUUAAGUCGCUCAACCCCGACUUGGAGUUGUUUGACCCCGACUUCAAGUCAAAACCUGACUUAUUGGAGGGCUUGAUCCCGACUAAUCGAAGGACUUGA